CACAUGUUCAUUCUUAACAGUCAAAUCUAACACUAUGAUUCUUCCUAUGCGAACAUAUAGACAAUCCACACACCGACAUUUUGUGCUAUACACAGCAAGAAUUCCUUCAUCCCAUGUCGUACAAGUGGGGACGUGCUAUUCCCAAGCCGCUGUUUCUUUGUCCGCCUGAUUAGGUCGACGCGUGAUGGCGCCUAGAUAAAACGAGUCGCGUUGGCGAUUAUCUAUUGCAGCUCGCAGUAGUUUUCACUUAAUUCAGGAAUACACACUCCUUUCGUUCCAAGAAAAAAUGCUUUCAGUCGUUGUUUUUGCUCUGAGUAUGGCGGUCCUUGCUGCAGCUGCUCCUGCAGCUACUGCAACUCAAAAACUGGGGAUCAGAUUCGAGGACUCCGAAGGUGAGCUUCCAAUUCUGAGUCUACCAUAUGCCACCUACAAAGCAACUUCGUAUGAGGUGGCUGAUGAUAUCUACUACUUCAGUAACAUUCGUUUUGCGGCUGCGCCAACUGGAGACCUUCGGUUUGCAAAGCCUGCACCUCCCCAAGAAACUCCCGGUAUUCAGAAUGGAAGUUAUGGACCAUCUUGUGCUCAAGAUAUACCAUUCUCAUUGUUCAACGCAGGCGGUCUCUCGAAAUCACCUAUUGGCACUAUGCUCAACGCGCUUGAAGAAGGGUUAGCAGGUGAGAUCUCCGAGGAUUGUCUCUUCUUAGACAUUCAGGUCCCUGGAAAGGCAAUCCGGAAUCCGGACGAGCAGGCACUUCCAGUCGUGGUGUGGAUUUUUGGAGGAGCAUUCACCUUCGGUUCGAAGAACGUGUUUGGGGGAUUGAAGGGGGGUAUGCCCUUUCUACCAUUAUACGAAGGCACCGGAGUGCUGAGGCAGUCUCAUGGUGACAUAAUCUUUGUAUCAAUCAACUAUCGAUUGGGUGCGUUGGGUUGGCUAGCUGGAAACACGAUGGAAAGGAGCGGAACUUCAAAUCUUGGUCUUUGGGAUCAGCGCGCAGCACUCCAAUGGGUACAGGACUAUAUCUAUUUGCUUGGAGGCGACAAGACGCAGGUUAGCGCAUGGGGCGAGUCAGCAGGAGCAAGUGCUAUUUUUCAUCACCUAGUUGCCUUUGGUGGCAGUCAGGAUCCCUUAUUCUCAAAAGCAGUUGUCAUGAGCCCUGCAUUCGAGAUACUAUUUGACCGGCAAGGGCAAUUAGAGGACACCUUUCAGAGCUUUGCGACUGCUGCCGGAUGCCCGGGUGGUGAUAUGGGCUGUCUUCGACGAGUGAAUUUCGCGACAAUUCAAAAAGCAAACUCAGCAGUUAUUUCUUCUGCCGUUACUGGGUCAUCUGAUCUAGGCCCUGCUGCUGAUGGGAGCUUGAUUCGACAGCUUGCUGGGCUUGAGUUCCUCUCUGGGAAUUACUGGAAGAAUCUCGACUCCUUGAUCGUGUCGCAUGUAUGCGACGAAGCCGACAUAUUCGUCUCAGACACCAUAAUUGACAAUAAGCAGGUUGAGGAAUGGAUCCACUCCUUAUUACCUGCAUAUGCGAGUCCAGCGGUUGAAAAGGCAGUGCUGGAAGAGUACCCAGCAGCGGGUACUCCAGGAAGCCCUUAUAUGACAGCAAGAGAACGUGACAAAGCCUUCGUACGGGAUAGCACAUUCACAUGCAAUGUUAGAACGUUGACGCAAGCGUAUGCGGGAAAAACAUACAAUAUGCAGUAUUCUGUUACUCCAGGACUACAUUCAGACGAUGUACUAGCAAUGUUCUUCGAUUCAUCUGUUCCGCUGGGUAACUAUAAUGCGUCCGUUGAUUUCACUCUCAUCCCUGGAUUUGCAACCUUGGCCGAAGGAUAUCAGAGUUAUAUGGCCAGUCACGCUAUUUAUGGAGAUCCAAAUACCGCCCGACUUGCGCUCAGCAUACCGCCUACCAUCACUUGGCCACAUCCAAGUCAGAGUGGCGAUGCGUAUGCGAAUGUGUUGAACGUGGGCGACCUUGGUUUCAGCUUGAUAGUUGAUACCCAAAUUUCAGCCAACAGUAACAGCCACUGCGAUUUCAUAACCCAGUUCAACCGCGCACUUACCAAUCUAAAUGGAUAUGCUGCUCCCGGAACAUUUAUGCAGAGUACCAUCGGACGAAUUGUUACUGCGGCCCAGGCAUCUGCAAACUACACCACCCACUCUUAAACGGUUCUGCUGGGCCGCUGUGGGAUCUAGAAAGGUUCAUGUGCAUAUUGCUAUCUGUUAACUAAUCACGGAGGUAUCACUCAGUCAUUUUACAUAGUGUAUAGUCACAUGUCAACAUUAAAGUCAUAAUAUGAGAUGAGUGCGCUUGUUCGAUGUGCAAUGUAUGAUGGCGAUUCUCGCUUGCAUCAGCUCAUUCAGUUUCCUUAUUUCGUCAUUCUUUCCCACCAAGAUUCAAUAUACACAAGGUUAGGCAGUGGAUUUUCUGGGUGAAUUUUCUCUCAGCGGACGGACUAUCCACUAUCUGAUCCGACGACCUGCUCCUUCAUCCACUAACAUCCACUAACAAUAUAUCCGAGACACUGCCUAUAUGUUUUGUGUGUAUAUAUUUUACAUACCCACUGAUAUGCAUUGGACUAGAGACAGC